AUGAGUGACAAGGCCGAAGCUUCCGGCACGGAGACACUUCGCCGUAUGCAGACGGCGGAGAGCGUCCUUCUUCCGAUACCUCGUGACACCUUUGAGAAGCUCUAUCUAACUCCUAAGAUGCCCAUUGCGGGAAACCUACGUCGAACUUUUGGAAACCCAACCCCUAUUUCGCUGAUGGGAUUUCUGGCUGCUGCGACGCCUAAUGCGAUGCUUCAUAUGGGCUGGAGAGGAGCUGGAGGGGACGGAGGUGCUAUUCUUCCAGCCUAUAUUUUUUUUGGUGGUAUAGUUCAAGUUAUAGGGGCAAUCGGAGAGUGGAUCCUUGGGAAUACAUUCUCGUGUGCAGUUUUUUUCACAUACGGAGCAUUCUGGCUUGCCCAAGGAGCAUCCUUAAUGCCCUUCUUUGCAGUGGGAAUCAACUAUACUUCCACAGGUGACAAUCUUCUGGGUAAGGAGACAACCGGAUACAAUGCUACGACUGGACUUUAUUAUGUGACGCUCGCCUUGAUCACAUUUGUUUAUCUCAUCUGCUCAAUCCGGACCAACAUAUGUCUCUUUCUCGCUCUCUUCUUCCUAGUACUGACAUAUAGCCUCUACGCUGCCGUGUAUUUCUACAACGCACUUGGAGACUUUGGGUUCGCAGGUAAAUUAGAAAUCGUAGCCGGAGCGUUUAACUUUAUCCUUUGCAUCCCUAUUUGGUACAUUUUUAUUGUGCAGAUGUUGGAAUCCAUUGACUUCCCAAUUGUGUUGCCGGUUGGUGAUCUAAGUGAGGUAGUGAAAGGGAGACGUCAAAAGGUACGCACAGAUAUGGAAGAUGAGGUAUAG